AUGGUCCCGGAGACGGAGACAAAUGACUAUGUGCCGAUUGAGUUUUUGCUUGGGGCACGAGUGCAACGCUACACAAAGAAAUUCACUCGUAACUUUCAAGAUGGUAGCGUCAAAUCUACGCAUCUAUUUGAACCAUCAAUUCACCCACGAAGACGAGAGGAACAAGCUCGACAAUUGUUACAACGAAUUUUAAACGAAAAAAACACUGACAUGGGUACCUCGUCAUUAGUUCCACGACUACAAAGUGAGAUGAACUAUAAAGACGUCGAUCUCAGUCCUAUCCGGAUCAAUAGAUCUCAAAAGCAUGAAAUUCAGUACGAGAAGAAACGAAGUCAUAUUUCAUUGUUAGAUGUUACUGGAAUUGCCACACGACCAGUUAAAAAUCAGCAUCAUACACGACAUGCACUGAAUGAAUAUGAGAAAAUGAACAAACAGGUGCAUUUGAGUCGAAAACAUUCGCACAUUUUGUCGAAAAAAAUACUUUUGUUGGAAAGCAUUGAAAAGGGGGAUAGAAGCAAUAACGUCAUGAAUGAAUCGAACGUUCCGUCGCGACAGCUUUUGGAUUCAAACUAUGCACAGCAAUCACCUGUUCUGGUAUCUAGGACUUUAAAGGCACGACCGUUAUCUCCACGGCGCGACUUAAACGAAACUUUACUUUCGAUAUCUCAAAACAAAAAUGAAAGUCACGUGGAUCUUCAAAAGAAGCAUAAACAACUUCAUGAACUAUUGGCUCAACGACAACGUGAGAUUUUUAUUGGCAGUGCUACUGGUUUAUUUCUUGGUGGAGGCUUUAUGUCGAAAAGUUCAAAACCUACAUCUUUAAAACGAUGUGCUAGCUCUGUUUCUGACGAUUAUGGAAAGAUUCAGGGUGCACAAAUGGCUCUACUUCCUCUACGUCAAACCAAUCGACCUACACUUCGUCAUAGCGAAGGAAAUUCACAGGCGGUGCCUUCUUGA